ACGUUAGCUCUGACGUCAUAUAUUUCGAAUAGUUUCUAACGCCUGUGAGCUCGCUCUGAAAAGUCAUGGCUCUUCCCGGAUAAGAAAUUGACAGGUGCUCGAAUUUUGAAAACAAGCAUCUUUUCAACCGACGAAGACAUCUCGAGGAAAGACCCGUACAUUUCUUGGACUUGGGAGUUCGAGACCCUGGCAAUAUUCUUUCUGUGCAACCGUUCUAAAGAUUUAUAACUUGACAAAAACAUGUCAUAUUCAGUUCAAGAAAUCAACUUGGAAGGCGUCUCCCCGGAACAAGUGCAAUAUUUGGCAAAUCUAAUAGAAUCCAGUAAGCAUCAUGACGCAAAUCUUGUAAAUAAAGGUGAAGUUCCAAAGUUGCAGCAGUUGGUCCUAAAUAAGUGUUUGAGUACUAUAGCUGAUGACAAUGAAAAUGAAAUGUUUGUUCAAAGUGGUCAUAAUAAUGACAAUUUAAGCGAGGUACCCAACUCAUACUAUAUGAUUGUCAGUGCCAGUGGGGAAGAUAAUCAAGAAAUGUUUCAUGGUGCCGAGAUGGACAUAGAACGACUGAGAACAAAUCCGUCCUACACGGAGGACUCGUGUAUGGCAAAUGCAGACACCUCAUUUGGAGAGGAGAACAUCUUGGAACAUCUCACAAGACAGGUGGCAUUGCAGCAGCAGUACCUAUGUAAUGCCAUGAACAUUGUGCCCGCAGGCUUGGACAGCAGUGGUAGAUGUUUUUCAGACCAUGACAGUUUUAUUUCCCAGGAUUCAAAUUACAAUGUUGGGGAGCCUCAGGGACUAAAUGACAGUUUAAAUGGGAGCUUGAUAAACAGUGGGUUUGCUGUUCCACAAGCAGUGUCUGGAUUCCAUCAACCGGUCAUCCAUGUACACUCCACCCCAGAGAACAAUCCAGGAAGGGAGAGAAAUCUAGUGCUGAUUAGAAAUGAAAAUAUGGAGACCGCUGAGAAUCACCACCAUGCUGCAGUGACCUCUCAAGGCCGCUAUGUUUACACUCCACACCCCAAGACUGGCCAGCUACUGUACAUGACAGCCACUGAAGAUGGCUCCCCCCAGCUCUUCCAGCCCCUCCCCCAAGUGACUGCCACACCCAUUCCUCCUACCCAAAAAGACAAAAGCAUUUUUACAACACCAAAGACCAAAAACUGCACCCUGAACAGCAGUGGUGAGGAGACACAAGAGAGCCCCUCCUCUGAUGAUCCCCCCAUGGAUAAAUCCUCCGCUACCGAUGUCUCCUCCACCUCUGAGGGAUCCGGAUCCUCCUCUCUGUUGAGUUCCACACUGGACAAGAACAAUAACAAGUUCUACGACAUCUCUUUGUUCAGUAGCUGUGUGGGAGAAGAUGGGCGAGAACAACACAAUAUGAAGGAGAGGAGGAGAAGAGCUAGAAUCAAAGAUGCCUGUGAUGUGUUAAGAAAGCUGGUACCUGGUAUGUCCGAUAAAACAGACAAAGCUACCGUUUUUGAAUUUGCUGCCAGAUAUGUGCAUUUCCUGAAGGGAUUUGUGGGCAAUCAACAUGACAAGGACUUCCUUUUGAAGUAUAGCCCUUACUGAUUCAAGUAGAAAAUGCGUCUGGAAAAGAUGAAGGAUAGCUAUAAACCAUAGGAGUACGGAGCAUGCACAGUGCCUAUGAGCAGUGUUUUACUGCAAUUCUAACUGCAACAUGAACCUUAUUAAACAAAUCUUUUACAAAAGUGCAGGCCACAUUGGCUUACAUAAGUUAACUAACUGAAAUAUUGCAGCUUUGUAAUCAAGUAUGACAACUUCUGAAUAAUUCAGAGCUAUUAAAAUGUGUGAUCUGUAAAAGCAUGCUAUUUUGUAAAAAUUGUCACUUUAUCUUGGUAAAACAUGUACAUGUCUAUCAAGUGUAUUGUUCAGUAUUAAACUUUUUAUUUUUAGA